UUAAUCAAGGACGUAGACUAAGACCUACAUUACAAAGUCAAACCACAACACUUUUGGCUGUAAAACAAUUUGGGUUUGUCACAGGAGCUAUAAAUACAAGUCUUUUUCAAGUCGUUAAUUCCCCUCAAUUAAGCUAGGUGUAGAGAGAUUUGCUGUUUAGACAGGUUUUUAUUAUUAUUGAAGUGUUGCUUUGUUGUUUACAACUCAGCUUUAAUCAAGUGAAAGUUAUUUUCUAUUUUGCACCCCAACUCGCAAACAGUGUUCCAAGAAUUGGAACCAGGCCACAGCCUUUAUUGCACCUCCUGGAAAUUUUUUUGUCUUUCUUACACUAGCACCAUGGAUUUAAGUGACCCAGGAAAAACUUUACUUUUUGCUUUUUUAAUUAUUUUAUUUGUUGUGUGGCUCCUUAAAAGGCAACAGGUGCAGAAAGGCAGGUUUCCCCCAGGGCCUCCUGCCCUCCCACUUCUUGGUAACUUGUUCCAUGUGAAUGUAAAAGCACCUCACAAAUCUCUCAUCAAGCUGAGUGAGCAAUAUGGACCUGUGUACACCGUCUGGUUUGGUACCUACCCUGCAGUGGUGCUAUGUGGUUUUGACACUAUUAAAGAAGCGCUGAUUGAGCGAGGGAAUGACUUUGGCAGUAGGUACCCUCUUCCAACGCUCCAUAAAGCAUCAGAAGGCUACGGAGUUAUUGCCAGUAGUGGGGAGAGAUGGAAACAGCUCAGGAGAUUCUCUCUUAGCACCUUGAGGAAUUUUGGAAUGGGGAAAAAAAGCAUUGAAGAGCGAAUCCAAGAAGAAGCACAGUUUCUAGUUAAAGCUUUCAGAAAUAAAAAAGAGAGCCCAUUUAAUCCAGAUUUUCUGAUGAGAUGUGCAGCAUCGAAUAUCAUCUGUUCCAUUGUCUUUGGAGAUCGCUUUGAAUAUGGAGAUAAGGAAUUUCUCUCAUUAUUGGAAAUGAUUGCAGACAAUGGCCGAAUUUUAAGUGGACCCUGGGUGCAGUUGUACAAUAACUUCCCAAAGAUUAUGGAAUUUCUGCCUGGGCCUCACAAAAGGAUCUUCCAAAAUGUAUCAAGUUUGAGUGCAUUUUUGAAUAAAAGUAUUCAAAGCCAUAAAGAAAGUUUGCAGAAGCAUUUCUCCAGGGAUUAUAUCGACAGUUUCCUCAUCAAGAUGGAUGAGGAGAAACACAACCUUGAUUCAGAAUUCAAUGAUAAGAACUUGUUGAUGACGACAAUGAAUUUAUUUCUGGCUGGAACUGAAACAACUAGUACAACGCUGCGAUGGGCUAUCCAGAUCCUGGCAAAAUAUCCACAGAUUCAGGAGAAAAUUCAUCAAGAAAUCGACGAGGUAAUUGGAUCCUCGCGAUGUCCGUCUAUUGAAGAUCGAACAAAAAUGCCGUACACAGAUGCUGUCAUUCACGAGGUCCAACGAUACGUUGACCUUAUUCCCAUGAAUCUUCCACAUAUGGCAUCGAAUGAUAUAGAAUUCAGAGGAUAUCUGAUUCCUAAGGGCACAUUUGUGAUUCCUGUACUUUCCUCUGUUCUGAAAUCCACCAGCCUGUGGGAGAAACCAGAUUCGUUUGACCCAAAUCAUUUCCUUGAUAAAAAUGGAUGUUUCAAAAAUAGUGAAAGCUUCAUGCCAUUCUCUGCAGGGAAAAGGAAAUGUCUGGGAGAGUCCUUGGCUCGCAUGGAACUUUUCCUUUUUUUGACAACUCUGCUUCAGAACUUUGUCUUCAACCCUGUUAUUGACCACAAGGAUAUUAACAUCUCAUCGGUUUCGAGUGGCAUCUUGCAUAUACCCCACGUGUACAAGUUUUGUGCUAUUUCUCGUUAUCUUCUCUGGCAGAUAGUUCGCCAAAUAUCGCAACCAGAACACAGCUUUUAUUUGCUCCUCCAGGAACUUAUUUUCAUUUCUUACGCGAUCACCAUGGAUUCCAGCAAUCCAGCUACAACCUUGCUUUUAGCUUUGCUAAGUGUCCUGCUUCUUCUGUGGUUUCUCAAAAGCAAACGGCCCCAGUACGGCAGACUUCCUCCAGCUCCUCCUGCACUCCCGAUUGUCGGCAACUUGUUCCAAAUGGAUAUAAAAGCUCCUCACAAAUCUCUCAUCAAGCUGAGCAAGCAAUAUGGUCCAGUAUUCACUCUCUGGUUUGGUGGCACUCCUGUAGUGGUGUUGUGUGGCUUUGAGACUCUGAAAGAAGGUUUGAUUGAGAGAGGGUAUGAUUUCAGCGGCAGGUAUCUUUUACCGAUCCUCAAAAAAGUUUCAGAUGGCUACGGGAUUGCCUUCAGUAAUGGUGAGAGAUGGAAACAACUUCGGAGAUUUUCUCUCAGCACCUUGAAGAAUUUUGGAAUGGGAAAAAGAAGUAUUGAAGAGCGGAUUCAAGAAGAAGCACAGUGCCUGGUUACAGCUAUCAGGAACAAACAAGAGCUCCCAUUUAACCCAGAUUUUCUGCUGAGAUGCGCAGUGUCAAAUAUCAUCUGUUCCAUUGUCUUUGGAGACCGGUUUGAAUAUGAAGAUGAAAGGUUUCUAACAUUGAUGGAAAGAACGGAAGGAAUUAGCAAUGCUUUCAGCAAACCUGGAGUGCAGAUGUACAAUAAUUUCCCAAAGAUCAUGGAUUUCCUGCCUGGGUCUCAUCACAAGAUACUCCAAAACAUGGCAGACUUGAAAACCUUUGUGAAUCAAAUGAUCCAAAGCCACAGAGGAAGUUUACAGAAAGAUUUCCCCAGGGAUUACAUCGACAGUUUCCUUAUUAAGAUGGAUGAGGAGAAACACAAACCUGACUCAGAAUUCAUUGAUGAGAAUUUAUUGAUGUCAGUGAUAAAUUUAUUUCUGGCUGGAACUGAAUCAACCAGCACAACACUGCAAUGGGCUAUCCAGAUUCUGGUGAAAUUUCCACAUAUUCAGGAGAAAAUCUAUCAAGAGAUUUGUGAGAUGAUUGGAUCCUAUCGAAGACCUGCUAUUGAAGAUCGAGCAAAAAUGCCUUACACAGAUGCUGUCAUUCAUGAGGUUCAGCGAUACAUCGACCUUGUUCCUAUGAAUAUUCCACAUAUGGCGACAAAAGAUGUAGAAUUCAGAGGAUACCUGAUUCCUAAGGGCACUUUUGUGAUUACUGUACUUUCCUCCGCUCUGAAAGCCACCAGCCAGUGGGAGACUCCAGACUCCUUUAAUCCAAAUCACUUCCUUGAUGAAAAUGGAUGCUUCAAACAAAGUGAAAGUUUUAUGGCAUUCUCUGCAGGAAAGAGAAUGUGUCUAGGAGCAUCCUUGGCUCGGAUGGAACUCUUUCUUUUUUUGACCACUCUGUUGCAGAACUUUGUCUUCAACUCUAUUACUGAUCACGAGGAUAUUGACAUAUCACCAGCUACUAGUGGGAUCCUGGUUAAACCCCAUGUGUACAAAUUCUGUGCCAUUUCUCGUUAAAUAAACUAGGAUCUUGAUAAAUAAUUUUAACAGAUGACACCAGGAAAAGAUGAUUCACAAACCUAAGUUUAGAAUCACAAGAGCAGUAUAUUUUGCGUAAAGGAAUAUUUUUGAGUGCCACGGAUCAGUACCUUGUAAUGGUGAAUAUUGUUUUUAAGCAGCCUGUAAAUAAAAAUAGAUGAGAAGUGGUUUUGUUAUUGUGUUCCUUUUAA